AUGAGUUACGUCGCCAAGGACAAGGACGUCGAUGCCGGCGCUCCUUCCCAGAAGAUCCACAAGAUCAGGAUCACCCUGACCAGCCGCAAUGUCAAGAACCUCGAGAAGGUCUGCGCCGACCUCAUCUCGCGUUCCAAGGACAAGCAGCUGAACGUCAAGGGCCCUGUCCGCCUUCCCACAAAGGUCCUCAGCCACACGGUGCGCAAGUCGCCCUGUGGUGAAGGCUCCAAGACCUGGGACAGGUUUGAGCUCAGGAUCCACAAGCGUCUCAUCGACCUCCACAGCCCCUCGGAGAUUGUCAAGCAGAUCACUCGUAUCUCCCUGGAGCCUGGUGUGGAGGUCGAGGUCACCAUGAUCGACGCUUGA